AUUUGAAGUCAAAUAAUUUGAUAUGGGAAUUUGAUUGGCUUUCACCCUAUCCAACAUUUGUUUUUUGUGUGAAAUCCAGUGCGGUGAAGUGCAGGGGAAGCAAUGGAGACAGUACCAAGGCCCUUGAAAAGAGACGUCCAGGUUGUGGAAGCAUGACAUCUGUUCUCCAAAUGGGAAAUUCAAUGAUUUAGAAUUUAACUACUUAGCCAAUAUUUUCUGAAGGGACCAUGAAAAAGGCACCUGUUAAUCCUAUCGGGGAACAAUAUUCUGUGUUUACAAUGUUGAAUCCCUGUCAGUGAACUGUGGAUUUAAACAGCAUAGUAGCUAAGCAGCUGUUUUCCACAAAAAUUCAUGUAGUCUCAGUCGUCCUUAUUUACUUAGUCUAGACUUUCACUGAGAAGGAAAUUGGUGGAGGAGUUCAGUGGUGCCAGGGAGUGUUCUAACGUCCAACUACAAGGUGACAGAAAGAUAUGGACUUAGGAGUUGAUGAUACGAGAUGGGAAAAGAUAAAGAGCAAAGACAAGAUUUAAAUGUGGAUGAUAAUUGGCAAGAAAUUGACUGGGAGAUUAAAUGAAGAAAUGACCAGCCUACAAAAUCAGCUGGAAGAAUGGAGGAAUCAUUUGAAAGGUUUUAGCACAUACUAAGGAUAACAAAAGGUAGAAAGGGGAAGAAUUGAAAAGGACAGCUUGAAAAAGCAAUUUCCUCUCUAAACUAACCUUUUCCAGUUAGCUGUUGCUUCUUCUUCAGUUCUUAAAAAAUUAUUUAUUAGCUCUCUUUAUGAGUGAAUUAUUUUUCUACACUAAAAUUAAUAUCUGUUUAUAGUUUUCCCAAGGAAAAAAUCAACUAGAAUAUACAAAAGAUAACUGUUCAUAGACACUCAUGGACUAUUCAUAGACUAUUCAUCUAUUUAGUGGCAUUUCAUGUAAAUCACUGUGCACUUUGCACCACCAGUGGGGAGUGGCUACAGCAGGAUCAAUGGUCCAAGUACUUGCAUCUCUCUCUAUUCCUUGAUUUCUUAGUUCUUUCUUCCUUGACUUUUUGUGGGCUAAUUUAUGGUCUACAUAUUAGUUUGUUUUUUUAUGAAAAGAUGGGGAUAUCAGUAUGUUUUCUAGGAGACUCAAAGAGCAUCUUGGCAGGAGGGUGAAUUAUUCCAUCCAUUUUCCAUUUUAUGAUUCCAUUUUGCACUGUUUUUUAUGGAUGUGUUGGAAUUUUUUCAUGGGUUUAGAGAGGUUUGACUUUUAGUUUUCUACUACAUGAUUUUUUAAGUUUUUCUAAAAUUUUCUAGUACUAUAUGCAUGCCAACAUUUAAGCUAUAAUGCUUUUCGAAGUUCCAAAUAAGUAUAUAAGUUUAUGAUGAAUAUUGGUGUAAAAUUAAGUGAAAUAUGACAGUUGAAUUGUAGGUCAUAGGCUUGAUAAAAUCUGGAAAAGCUACAACAAGGCUUCCUUGCUUACUCGUUCCAUUCUAAAAGUUGACCUGAAUGAGAAUUUGACUCUUUUGGAGGUUUUUGUUUGAAUCUAAGAAAUCAUGCUUUUUCGGACUCCAUUGUAGUUGAGAUGAAACGGGUUUUUGUUUUUACAUUUGUGGAGACCUUAUCACAUAGUUAGGUUUUUGUCUUUCAAGUACCAGCUUAUUAAUGGGUGCCUUUGUUAUUUUCAAAAUUUUUAGUUUCUCUUAUUGUAUGAUAUAUUUGUUGUUCAUGAAGUGCAUGGGCAUGGGGAAAAACUUUCACUAAAAUACGUGAAGGAGAUUUAAAAAUAUUGUCUCCUUGAUUUAGUCGUGUUUUAAACUUCUAAGCCUUCUAAUGUCUUUUUGUGUUUUAAUAUUAUGCCAUUCAGACAUUUUUUAAAUCAUGGUGUCUUUGUGUUUCCUAUUUUGGUUUUGUUCACUCUUCCAUGGUGGAGUUCAGAAAGAAAAGUGCCCAAAGAUGAGGAAAGGAGCCCACUAGAGAUUUAGCAACAAAGAUCUUUAAAGACAAGGCUCAAUCUAGAUUGAAAAAGACUGCUGACAAGCGUUGUAGUAACAGAACCCUGGAGGUGGAAUAGGCUGAGUGUCAAAGGCUAUUGGCAAUACUGCCAAGGAAGCAAGGGCUCAUAUUGUAACAAGUGCAGAGCUUGCAGGUGGUCAUUAAUUGUUGAGUUCUGAGAAGGGAAAAGGCCAUAAAGAAAAUGGUGUGUUCUCAUUCAUGCCGCUUCUAGGUAUUCCAGUCAAGCUUUCUCAUUUCAGCUAUAUGUAAGUAUGGUUCUUUUUCUCGUUAUUAGUAAUCUUAUAGAACAACCGUUUCAAUUUUAAUUUCUUUAGCAACCCUAAUUGCAUCGGUUGAGUUGAUAGUAGUCACUAUAGAGCCACAGUUAUCUAUCCAUUAACGCUGCAUGGUGGGAUUAAGUUAAUCGGUUCUGAUGAUUGGACACUUGCAAGUUAAGAAAAGAAUCUCUGAUUA